AUGCCCCAAGACGAGAACGCCCCUUACGAGGAGGGCAUUUCAGGUGGCCAACAGGCCCUGAGAAAGUCGGCCACGCCCUUGACAACUUCCAAGCUCCUCAACCAGGGUUCUGUCAAGACCAACUAUGACGGGCCCAAUCCCAUGGACAAGCUGCUGGCGAAGCUGUGCGAGAGUCACGAUCAGCCUCGACAGAACGAGUGCACCGAAGCCGACAACCCUUCCUCCUGCAGUUCUCUGCCAAUCACCCCUGCCACCGACGCUUUCGGAGGUACCGCCCCAACAACUCGACCUGCUAGUGCAGCGCCGAACGACAACACUGCCGCUACCGAGGAGGUUCUUCGACUGAAGCUGGAGCUGGCCAAGGCCCAAAACCACAUCACUAACCUCAACAAUGAGCUCGCACAAACCCGUCGUGAGCAGGGAAGUGGUCGUGCAACGCCCAUACUGUCGUCUGAUUCUGACUGCGCGGGCGGUGCCCCUUUGGUUGAACCUAUUGGAACGAAGCCGUCGGCAUACCCUGCACUGACUGGUCUCCCCAAGACCCAGCUCCCCAGAGACAACGCCUGGCAGGGACCUGCCUCUGACGACUGCCGCUCUGAAAUUAGUGACGCCAUAUCGGCCACUGGCUACAACCGGUCUCGGGGAAUCUUGAACAAUGGCAACAAGCCAGGCUACCAACCCUCCUUCAUGCCGCCCCCCAUGCCAAUUCAGGAUGGUCCUCCCGCGACGGGCUGGUCUAUUCCUCGCGACCAAGGUUUCAUUGACCAGUCUGUCCCACCCUACAAUGACCAAUCCAUGGACGGCUUCCGAGGAGAUCGCUUUGGCCAACAGCCUGACCUAAUGCGUUCCGGUAGUGGUCGUCGCGGCAAUCGUUACGACAAUCGAUUCGGAAACCCCGGCUCUUAUGGCAGCAACUAUGGCGGCUACGGCAUGGGAAACAUGGGCCCUUCCCAAUAUGACGGUGGUCCUGGCUACCCUGGCGGCCCUGGAAACAUGCCUGGAAAUGGAAUGGGAAUGUUCUCUCAGUAUGGACCGUCGCCUAUUGGAACACCUUUGUCUCCACAUGCGACUGAGUUCACAUCCACCACAGGCUCUUGGAAGCCUGACGCAAUUGCUACCGAAGGGCAGACUUAUUUGCCCACCACUGAGCCCCUCAACUAUCGUCGUCUCCUGGACCGCAACGUCAACUGCAACUGGAAGUACAUUGUCGACAAGAUCGUCUGCAACAAUGACCAGCAAGCUUCUAUUUUCCUUCAACAGAAGCUCAAAGUUGGAACUCCAGAGCAGAAAUACGAGAUUGUCGAGGCCAUUGUCGCUCAGGCGUACCCACUCAUGGUCAACCGCUUUGGAAACUUCCUGGUCCAACGCUGCUUCGAGCACGGCACGCCGGAGCAGGUCAUCAAGAUCGCCGAAGCGAUCCGCGGCAACACCCUCAACCUUUCAAUGGACCCAUUCGGAUGCCACGUCGUGCAGAAGGCAUUCGACUCUGUCCCGGAGGACUACAAGGCCAUCAUGGUCCAUGAGCUGCUCCGUCGCAUCCCCGAGACAGUCAUUCAUCGUUAUGCCUGUCACGUCUGGCAGAAGCUAUUCGAAUUGAGAUGGACUGAGAGCCCUCCCCAGAUCAUGAAGUUUGUCAAUGAGUCACUGCGCGGCAUGUGGCAUGAGGUUGCACUAGGAGAGACUGGUAGUCUGGUUGUGCAAAACAUCUUUGAGAACUGCUUGGAGGAAGAUAAGCGCCCAUGCAUUGAGGAAGUCCUUGCCAACAUCGACAUCGUGGCGCACGGCCAAUUUGGCAACUGGUGCAUCCAGCAUAUUUGCGAACAUGGUGCCCCUGCGGACCGCAGCCGUGCCAUUGAUCAUGUCAUUCGAUACGCUGCGGAGUAUUCUAUGGAUCAGUUCGCUUCCAAGGUCGUUGAGAAAUGCCUCAAGAUUGGAGGCCCCGAGUUUCUUAGCCGCUACCUUGACCGAGUCAGCGAGGGCCGUCUCGACCGUCCGCGCAUUCCUUUGAUCGACAUUGCCAGCGACCAGUAUGGCAAUUAUCUCAUUCAGUACAUCCUGACCCAUGCCAAUACCCAGCACCGAGACAUGGUCGCUGCUCACAUCCGCAAGCAUAUGGUUUCACUCCGUGGAUCAAAGUUCGGCUCGCGUGUUGGCAUGCUUUGCACCAAUCCGGCGGUUGCGACGAGGCCCGGUCCCGGUGUUGGACCUGUGGUGGGUAGUCGCAUGGCCCCAGGACCUCGGUUCGGUGGUGCCUACCGCUGA